GAUAUCUGUGCGCGUUGUGCUAUGCGUGUGAGUGUGUAUUGCAGGCUUCUCCUGUGAAAUUGUAUUUGACGUUAGAAAGGCGUGCCUGUGCUUAUGUCUCUAUUGUAAUGGGAGUGUCUCUUAAAACCACUGUUCUGUGCCGAGCGAAACCUUUGUCAUAAUUCAAGCAUAACUUUCGAAUCCUGUGGGAACUAUUUUGCGCUCUUCUUUUUACGGGCAAGUGGAUUUCCCACUGACAUCAAUCAUAAUUUAAUAGUUAAUUACGGAGAAAAGGCUGGCGCCAUCUAAUAAAUCAUUGAGUUGGUCGUACCUUAGGAAAGUCUGGGAAGAUUGCUACGCCAAUGGAAAAUACAUGCUACUUCGGGGUCGAAGCCUACCUUCAAGUUUCUUUAAAGGAUGUAGUGGAACGGACCGUGUCCCACGGGUCACUGUCACAAGUGCCCCAAUAUUGGAGGUGACGAACGAAGAGGCUUCAAACUCGGCUCCACACCUCCUCAUGCGAAGGAUACAUCGAUGUAUACUACCGCGGAAGUCUUUUCACAUUUCUAGCUUUUCAGACAGUAAUCUGCUGGGGCACGGUGCCAAGAGAAAUAACAUGUCCUGGCUGUUGCCUUACAGAGGGAUGCCCGGCACAGACCCGGAUUCAUGGAGAAGAUCAAAAAGUGAAUUCAUCUGCUAUGUCCUCCUUUCCCUGAUGCUGCUCCUAUGUCUUGUGGUCCCAGCGGAGGCCAGCUUCAUGCAUGACUCCAAGGUGCAUUUCUCACAGGACAGCGGGGACCACUGGACUCUGCGGGACAGCGUCCAGGUUCCGGAGCUGGUGCACAUGACGGUCUGCGUGCACGUGCGAGUGCUGGUGCCUGGCGAGUGGACGGCCUACACGUACGGCCACCCCCAAGCCCAGGAGCGUGAGCUGGGCCUGCAGGGAGACAGGCAGAGCCUGUACGUGUGGCUGCUGGGCGUGAGGCACAGCUUUCCAGUGCACCUACUCCCCCGGAGGUGGUACCACGUCUGCCUGAAGCGAGACGCGAGCCGGCAGCGUGUCAGCCUGGACGUGGACGGGUCCCCCUCUGUGCGCACGGUGGUCGCCGAGAACGUCCCAGGAGCGGGUGAGCUGGUCCUCGGGUCCAAGGACCGAGGCGAUUCCCCCUCGAAGGCCGGAGCAGGAGCGGUGGAGCUGUACCUGUUCCGUAUUUGGGAUGACAUCGGUCGCCAUGGCGUCUGCGAGGACGAAGGCGUGGUGGGGUGGAGGUCAGAGCAGUGGGAAAUGGGCAAUCAUCCCCCGCUGCAAGAUGAGAGCCUGUUGUGUGGCACAAGGAGGAUGAGACGUGCAGCAAUUCUAACAUCUGCAACUUCUGGCAUUCAUCCUACUCCACCCAGAACAGAUAUUCCACCAAUUCCACCUUCAACAAGAACAAAUCCUCCAGCUCCACUUACCACAUCCCACAAAGUAUUGUCAGCCAUAUCCCAUAUAAUAGUAGACUUGUCAAACACGUCAGACAAAUAUCAACCAGCAUUGUCUACACAACCUCCAAACACAGUUAUCACAUCUGCUCAACCCAUAUCCUUUGCACCACAUUCAGCCAUAUUCAACACAUCUCCUCCACCUACAUUCUCCACACAACCUCCAGCCGCAGUCCUCACAUCUACUCAACCCACACACUCCACACAAUCUCCAAGCAAAGUCAUUACAUCUACUCAGCACACAUCCACCACACCACAUUCAAAUAGAUUCCCAGCAUCUACUCAACGGAGAUCCUCUACAGAAUCUCAUUCAAAAGCAUCUACUCAACCCACAUCCUCCACAAAAUCUCAACCCUCAUUCACAAAUUCUACUCAACCCACAUCCUCCACAGAAUCUCAGACCUCAUUCACAAAUUCUACUCGACCCACAUCCCGCACAAAAUCUCGACCCUCAUUAAUAAAUUCUACUCAACCCACACCCUCCACAAAAUCUCGAACCUCAUUCACAAAUUCUACUCAACCCACAUCCUCCACAGAAUCUCCAACCACAUUCACAAAUUCUACUCAACCCACACCCUCCACAAAAUCUCGACCCUCAUUCAUAAAUUCUACUCAACCCACAUCCUCCACAGAAUCUCCAACCACAUUCACAAAUUCUACUCAACCCACAUCCUCCACAGAAUCCCCAACCACAUUCAAAAAUUCUACUCAACCCACAUCCUCCACAGAAUCUCCAACCACAUUCACAAAUUCUACUCAACCCACAUCCUCCACAGAAUCUCCAACCACAUUCACAAAUUCUACUGAACCCACAUCCUCCACAGAAUCUCCAACCACAUUCACAAAUUCUACUCAACCCACAUCCUCCACAGAAUUUCCAACCACAUUCACAAAUUCUACUCAACCCACAUCCUCCACACAAACUGCAUUCUCUGAAUCUCCAGCCACAUCCAAUGUAUCAGCCACGUCAAUGGAACCUAUGAUGAACACAUCCACCACUGCAAGUUUCACAGUCCCUACUAUGGCUACUUCCUCCAACAACACAGCAGGCCCUGCAAUGCUACAUUGUAGCUUCUCAGAUUUAUGUGCCAACAAAUCUGCCUUCUACUGGAUGGUCCUGGAAGUGCAACCAAUAAAUGGCAAGAACAACGAGUCAAUAUCUGAAGCCAUGGAGACCUGGCUUCAAAGUGUGUUCAGUGUCUCUGCUUGUGUGCCGUCCAAUGUGGGAGCAUCCUCAAGCAACAGUGUCUCCUCAGUCAGGGAAGGAACGUGCAAGAAUGAAAAUGAAACUUCUGUUUCCCUAUUUCAGGGAGUCGAAGUCAUGUGUGAUGACAAAGAGAAUCAAAGUUCCAAAACGACUGUCUGCACGGUGCUGCUCCAGUUAAGCCAGCGCACAGACCCUUGUGUGCUGCACCAGGUGCUAGAGACCAAUAAGGGCACAUCCAUCAGCGCCCGUCUGCUGGGGAACGUGGAGCGAGUGGGCAAGGGGCUGUGCACCAGUGAAGAAAUGCUGCCUGUUGGUGGAGGCUUUGAGAAAUGCAACUCCUCCCUCCCACUUCCUGAUGACUGUCACACUGAGGGACCUGUCACAUGUAAAAGGUAUGCAGAAACAGUGGUUGUUCCUGUGGAGUCUCUUUCCCCAGUGGGUCAAAACUGCACUACAAGCAACGUAAGCGAGGAGGUUGGCUGUGACUGCUCUGCUUUCUGCAAUGAAACAGCUGCAUACUAUACUCUGACUCUGGGAGUCACUAACCAUAGCAUCCUAUUUGAGAACAUUACGUCCUUGAUCCACGAGCUGGGUUCAACCCCACGGAUGUGCAACAGCUCAGAUUGCACUGAGGUUCCCAUCAUUUCCCGAGUCUAUCAGGAGUGCUUUGGCAUGGGAACACAGAUUGACAAUUGCACUGUGGUUCUAAAGCUGGCCAAGUCUAUGGACAUCUGUACGCUACGAGCUACCAUUGUGUCUCUCAUUGAAAAGAAACAGGGCGUCUUCUACAAUGGCCCCCUCAGACGAGUGGCGAUAUGUGGCUGGCCUGCAGGAUCUUCUGGCAUUAUGUCAAUAGCCAAUUUCACCUGGAUUGGCACCAAUCUAGAAUACUCUCGGAUCUGUCAGGACAACAGCAUUAGCUACAAAUGCAAAAGUGGCGAAACUCUGGGCAUGCCCCUCACUGAAGUGUGUCUGCCAGACCCUCCUAUGGUCACAACUUCCUCACAGCCAAACACCACAAUACAACACAAUGCAACUUCGGGUCCCCCACAGAACACGACAACUCCAUCCAUCAAGCCCAACACAACUGGGCCUCUGCUGAACACAACAGUGGCUCCAAGGAACUCUACCACCCACAGGUUCAACACAACUGCAGUGCCUCCAGCCAACGCAACAACGUCAUCUCUAAACGUCACCAAGCACACAACCCAAAUUACAGUUCCCAUGACGACCGCAAGCGCAGAGGCGCAGGCGGCGCAACUGCUGGAACUGACGCGGAACGUCUCAUCCCUCAACUCCUCCCAGGUGGAUCAGCUUGUCACCAAGCUGGAGGGCCUGCUGUCUGGGCCCAAUGUUAGCCUGACCCUUGGGAACACCUCUGUCACUAUUGUCAGCAACCUCCUCAAUGCCCCUGUUACAACCUUGGCCUCCUCCUCCAACAGGAUAAUUAGAUUGGUGGAUACUGUUGGACUGAAGCUGGUUGUGAAAGGAGAGACAGAGACCAUCUUGUCUGACUCAGUUGCAUUGGCUGUGAAGAAAGUGGAUGGUGCCAACUUUCAGGGGACAACCUUCUUGAUCACAAACCCCUCCAAUGUGCAGAUCAACCGUGCUCUCAGAGCUCAGACACCCAGCUCCCCACAGGGUUCCAUUACACUGCCCCCCAACCUAACUAUUGGCCUGACCCCCCAGCAGCAGUUGCUGGCCUCCAGGAUCCAGUUCAACUUCUACCAGAAGAGCACUGUGUUCCAGGAUAGAAACCUUCGAGGAAAACUGAACAGUGGUAUUCUGGGAACGAGUGUGGCAAACCUAUCGAUUACCAACUUAACAAACAAAGUAUUCAUCACCCUGAGGAACAAUGAACCUGUCCCUGCAAACUUUGUAGCCUCUUGCGUUUUCUGGGACUUCCGUAUGAAUGGUGGGUCAGGAGGUUGGAACCCAAGUGGUUGCUCUGUUGAAAAAUCAACAAAUGAAGAGACAAACUGCAGCUGCAACCACCUCACCAGCUUUGCAGUGCUUUUGGACAUUUCUAGAGAAGGCAUAACAAACCGUGUACAGUCAAUCAUCCUUACCUACAUCACCAACAUUGGCUGUGGGAUCUCUGCCAUCUUCCUCUCCAUCACUCUACUCACCUAUCUUGCCUUCGAGAAAUUGCGGAAGGACAUCCCUUCUAAGAUUUUGAUCCAGCUGUGCACAGCCUUGCUGCUUCUGAAUCUGACCUUCUUGCUGGACUCGUGGCUGGCCCUGUACCCUGAGGCCAAAGGCCUGUGCAUCUCCACCGCCUUCUUCCUGCAUUACUUCCUGCUAGUGUCCUUCACCUGGAUGUGCCUGGAGGCCAUCCACAUGUACCUGGCUCUCGUAAAGGUCUUCAACACCUACGUGUCCAGAUACAUGCUCAAGUUCUCCCUCGUAGGCUGGGGUGUCCCUCUUGUUGUGGUCAUCAUUGUCAUUGCGAUUAAUCCUGAGAAGAACUAUGGCCUUGUUUCCUAUGGAAAGUUUGCUAAUGGCACCACGGAUGGCUUCUGCUGGGUGAAGAAUGAUGUGGCCUUCUACGUGUCUGUCGUGGCCUACUUCUGCGUGGUCUUCCUGGUGAACCUGACCAUGUUUGUAGUGGUGCUAGUCCAGCUGUACCGGAUCAAGCGGCAGAACCCCCACAACACACAGCAACGCUCCACGCUGCACAAUAUGCGCAGCGUGGCCGGGCUGACCGUUAUCCUGGGACUCACGUGGGGCUUCGCUUUCUUCGCCUGGGGGCCCGUCAACCUGGCUUUCAUGUAUCUGUUCGCCAUUUUCAAUUCGCUGCAAGGCUUUUUCAUCUUCAUCUUCCACUGUGCUAUCAAAGACAAUGUGCGCAGGCAGUGGAGGACCUACCUGUGCUGUGGGAAACUGCGGCUGCUUGAGAACACAGAUUGGAGCCGCACUGCUACCCACCACCGGACGACCAACAGAUUCAGAGAUAACAAGGCGACUUCCUUUGGGUCCAGCAACUCCCUGCACUCCAGCAACACCUCCAGCAGUUCUUUCCUGGCCAGUGACAGCAAUGGAGGAGCCAGUGGCAUUGGUGGUGUGUAUGAAGACAGGGAGAUAACCGCUCUGGAGGAGCCCAAUGGAGACGUGGUUCUGAAUGACAUCCACAGCCGUCACAGAACCCCAAGGGGGCAGUGAAUUCUGGGAAAAAGACCUUGCAUCGGAGUGUAGGCCAAUAGACAUUUUAAAGUGUUUCGAUGUAUGUAUGAGGUAGAUUUCUAUGUUAAAUAGGCAUAAGCAUAUUAAAUUCACCAUCUGUGUGAUUGCUGUUGCUUAUUAACUGCUGUAUUGUGUUUCUCCUGAUUGUGAAGCAGUUAUUUUCUGUUUCAGUACACACACACACACACACACAAACACACACCCAACCCUAUUCAACCCUCUAAAGAGACAUAUAUGCAGUCACAGGCAAACACAGAGUAACCUCUAUACCUGAGACGUCAGUUUCCCAAAAAUUCCCUCAUACUAAUGAGACAGCACAAUGUAUUUUAACUCUCUGAAUAGCAUUGCAAUGCACUAAUCUAUGUACACUGACAAAACAAUGCAAAUUGAUAAAAACUACAAGGUAUUGUAGUAUAAUUAUGAUAGAUAUUUAAAGAUCUCUUCAAUUACAAUGUUUAUUUGCAAUUCAUUUUUAUAUUAUUGUUUUCAUUUUAUUUAAAAAUUCCAUAUAUUAUGUAGGGCACGCUGAAUAAUCUGAACAAUGUAUCUUUGUCAGAUAAACAUGUAUGUUUGUGUCGAUGUCCAUGAUUAAUCAAUGUACAGUUUAAUGUUAUUAAAUCCGUCAGACUAAAUCAAUGUAAUAAAGUUUAUUUCGGUUUCUCUUCUGA